AUGCCGACAUUCAAGUAUAAUGAAACCACAGACCCUGAAAAUCACUCCACUGCUUUCGAACAGCAUACGAUGUUGUAUUCUGACUCAGACGCCAUGUGGUGCAAAGUUUUCCAAACCACCUUAUCAGGGGUAGCAGCUGAUUGGUAUAAGAAGUUGCCGGCAGGAUCAAUAUUUAGCUUCCGACAAAUACAGGAGGAUUUCGUAAGGCGGUUCAUUAGCAAGGUUGAACGAAAGAAAACAUCCGGAGAGUUGAUGUCAAUCUCGCAAAGGCCGAAGGAGCCACUGAGAGAGUACCUGACUAGGUUCAACAAUGAAUCCAUUACCAUACCUGACUUACAGCAGGAAAUAGCAGUUUUAGCUCUGCUAAGGGGAAUGUUGGAGUGCGAGUUCAAGAGGUACUUGGGAAGAAAAUCGUUCACUUCACUGGGGGAGGCUUUGAGGAAAGCUAAUGAAUACAUCAGAAGUGAUGAAUUGAUGAUGAUAUCACAUCCCACGAUAGGAGGUCAGGCAGUACAAUCAUCCAGAAAAGAUCAUGUUCCCACACAACAACAAAAUUUCCGAAAAGAAAGCGGUAGAAAAGAGGGUUAUCAGCAGAGAGGAGGCUAUCAGGCCAGACAGUCGGUAGGAGCAUAUCAGGUGUAUACUCCGCUCAACACCGCUAGAGCAACUAUAUAUGUUGUAAACAAAUCAGCAGCAUGGAGAAAGUCGUUACCACUGGAUACUCCAGGUAACAAUAAGAAUUUUUGUGCUUUCCAUAACGAUCACGGUCAUUACACAGAGCACUGCAAAGAGUUGAAAGAUAACAUCGAAGAGUUGGUGAGGAAGGGAUACCUAUCCCAGAUCGAACAAGCACCACCACUCCGACAAGAAACCCGAUCGCUACCAGAAACGAGUAAAGAAGGGGCUGACAGAGGAAAAAGACCCACUAUUUGGGUGAUCUCGGGAGGGCCCGUACAUGGAGGUACGAUCAGUGGGGCAGUAAAAAGUUUAGAGGAGCAUCGACACCUGGUGAGUUACCAUAGUACAAGAAAAUGGCCGGAACCACCCCCCUUACCGGUCAUUACUUUCACUUCGGAGGAUUAUCGCGGCAUCAUAUACCCCCAUGAUGACCCGUUGGUACUGGAGCUAGAAAUAGCAAGCUUUCCAGUCAAGAGAUGCAUGAUUGAUGGGCGCAGUUCUGCAAAUAUCAUAUUCUGGGAGGCUUUCACCCAGUUGAGCAUUGACCAUGGAGAGUUGUCCAGGGUGAACUACCCCGUUAUUGUAUUUUCUGGAGCUAGCGUCUACCCCGAAGGCAGUAUCCGUCUGCCAGUGCAGGUACCGGAUGCAUACAAUGUGAUAAUUGGUCGACCGUUUAUCCACGACGCGCAGGCAAUGGUGUCUACAUAUCACUUGACUAUGAUAUACCUCUCGAACCUGGAAAGAACUGAAAGAGUACAUGGCAGCCAAGAAACUGCCAGAUCAUGCUAUCUGACAGCUAUAAAAGCACUCGGAAGGAUGGUGUCGGAAACCAACCUAGCUCGAGAAGCGAACAUACCGGCUAAGAGACAAAGAGGAGAUCUCAGUAUGGAAAAUUUUGAUGAAAGGCCUGCCGGCAUCCCAAGGCCGGCGGCAGAUGCUGACAUCGAAAUAGAAGGAGUUAGUAGAAGGAGUUCCGGAAAGAACAGUUCGGAUAGGUGCUGA